AUGGCGAAGGUCCGGAUUUUGGACAGCCGCAUGGUGCACAUCGACCGCCAGCAGAAGUGCUGCAUCUUGCAUGACGGUUCAAUGCUGCCCUACGACUACUUGGUGGUCGCAACAGGCCUGCAGGAUGACGCCCUGCAUGCCCUGAAGAUCCAGUCCAUGGGAGUCGAGCACGUCACAGAUGGCUACCGCCGAGUGAACGGCGCCAUGUCCGCGGCAGACCCCUCGAUCAGGGACUUGCUGGUGCAGGGCGGCACCCUGAUCAAGUCCCUGAUCUGGAACCCGCUGUCCUACGCCGUGGUGUACGGGCGCUCGCUGAAUGCGUACUGCGUGGUUCAGGGCCUGCUCCUGCGGAAGGUGCCAGCGAGGAAGAUCAUUCUGGUGUUGCCGCCUCGGCAGCAGCAGGAGAAGGGCAAGCAAGUCCUCUCCGUGGAUGCCUUCUAUGAGGGCGACGAGGUUGAAAAGAAGAUUCACAGCAUCCUGGACACCAUGGGCCUCAAGGUCUACGAGGGCUACCGGUUGCUGGGCAUCCAGCAAUGCACCCGGGGCCGUCUCAAGGGCCUUAUCUUAGAGGACCACGUCUCCCCUGACCAGGAGGUAGGGCAGGCGGAGGACCUGGCUGCUGCGGAGCGGGAGCGGGAGAAGAGGUUCCCCGCACCGGAGGCUGCUAGAGCGCCCAUGGGCACCAUGGAGGAGACUUCGGCGCCAGCCCCAACGGCUUGCCACAGAAGCUCCUGGCCUGCCGGAUUUGCAUCACGGCGGACGAAGUUAACGUGGACCCGGACAUCUUCAACUCGGUGCACGGAAAUGGUCUGGUCUACGAUGGCCGUCUGA